AUGCUGCUGUUUUCUUUUUCAAUUUUUUAUUUUUAUUUGAGAGGGAUGGUAUUGGCGAUGUUUGUUGCCGUCUGGAGUCAACGGACCUCGGCCUCCAGCUCCACGACGUGCCCCCCGACCUCCCAGCCCAGCAGCGUUCCUCCCUCUAUGCCUCCGGCGCCGCUCACUUCCUCUCCCCCGCGCCCUCGCCGCCGACCUCCCGCCUCCUUCGUCGCCCGUCUCCUACGCCACCGCCACAUCCUCCCCGGCAUCCAGGCUGCCGUCCUCGCCGCCAUGGACGCCUGCCUCAAGGAGCUCAGGCGCACCAACAAGGUGGACGUCGAGGACCCCACCGUCGAAAAGGGCCUCUUCAGGAGGCAGCUCGACCCCAUUUGGCACACGCUCGGCAAGAAGACAAAGCAGCUCGUCGCCGACCUCAGGACACUACGCAAGCUUAUUUCAUGUUUGUACGACGCCGUGACAUACUUGAAGUGCCUGGACACACUGAGAGUAUUGGAAGGUGUUCGAUCAGUUUGGAUACUUGCUGACUCAAGCCACAAAAUUUUUGAGCUCGCAAAAAGGCGUGUUUACCAGAUUGUAAGAGCAGAUUGUACAAAGGUUAGCACAGAUAACAAGGACACACCAGCAAAGAAGAGGAAAGUGACACACAUCAGUACCAAGAAAGGAAAAGAAACCGAAAAUGAGGAUUCCACUGCUGACAAGGGCGGUAUUCGGAAGAUUAAUGCUGAUGUGGGCAUUGUACUGGAGGAGGUUUUGGAGGAGGCACCAAAAUGGAAAGUGUUACGGGAAUUGUUGCAAGAGAUAGCACAAGAACAGACGAAGGGAGAUGGUGAGAAUGCACAAGAUGAGGACAAAAGUGAUGAAAGUGGCAUAGUUUCAGUAACAUGCAAAUAUGAGCGCUCAUGCUUGCAGCUGCAAGAAUGCAUAUCAAAAGGCUUCCAUCAGACUGGAGCUGAACUUCACUUGGCAGCUUAUGAAGCUCUAGCCUAUGUUCUAGCAACUCUAUCUACUGCUCACAAUUCUCAGUUUCUGGAUCUUGUGGAAGUGAAGCAAACUAAUCGAGUCAGGAAAUUUUCAUUGGAUAUCUUGGUCACCACUUUCCUUGACAACAUCAACUAUCUCCUUACAUAUGGAAUUCUGACACGAAGCAGACAAGAUGUUGUGAUGAAUUGGAAGUGGUUUUGUGUAGACUCCCUACUAUCCGUUUCUUGCUGCUGUAGUGAAUCUCAGCUGAAGAGACUGGAUUCUUUAUUUUCAAAUUCAACCCUCCGAUGCAUUUUUCUUGAUGUUAUCGAAAGCCUUGAAAAUGCAGGUGAAAAUUCUGUCUUAUCCAUACUGAGAUCUGUGAGAUAUGUUUUGGGGCUGUUACACUUGAAUAUGGGCUCCAUGAAUAUUACCUCUUUAGGCAUCAGUUAUGAGGUGCUAUUCACUGGUGCCGUUUCUCUUCUGUGUAACUAUUUGUUCCUCAAAAUACAGCUGCUAACACUAGACGGUAGCCUGAAAAUCUAAUGAUUGAUGUUUUUUCCUUUUAAAAUUUUAGCUUUUGCUUGUUUUGAUUAUAGUUGUAAUUCAGUGGGCAUUGAUGUUUCAUCUCGAUUAGCCCGGAUGAUGAUGCAGUUAGUAAAAGUAAAAUCCUCCUGGAUCUUGCACCUUAGGUGCAACAAACGCCGAGUAGCGCCAAUUGCUGCACUAUUAUCUUCAAUAUUGCAUCCAGCAAUCUUUCCUGAUCUGGAAAUUCACCAGACAAACGAAAAAGGGCCAGGCCCUUUGAAAUGGGUUAGUUGUCUAU